AUGAUCGACCACCAAAUCUUCGAGGAUCUCCAGUCGAAGAUCGACGAAGAGACCGCCGUCCGCGAUGAACUUCAUGAUAUCGUGCAGACGCUGGCACGAAAGGGACGAUCCACGCAAGCUAUUCUUUCGCGUGCCCACUCGACGCCUGCUGGUCAAUUGAACCCCGUUCUUGGCGAUGUGACCAAGGCGAUCUUCGCUCAGAGAGAUGAGGUCUCUCGGCUGAGGGAUGUAGCGGAUAAGCACCCUUUCUACAAGUACAAUGGGGUGUGGACGCGGGAGCUUCAGAAUCUGGUCUCGUCGAUUGAGCUCUGCGCCUGGCUAGGCGGUCUGGGAGAGUACAAGUCGAGCCCCUCGGCUUCAUUCUUGACGAUCGAAGAGGUGGGAAAGUUUCUGGGUGUGCCUGUCAACCUUAAGGAAGAGGAUGCUUUCCAUUUGACCAUUGAGGAAUAUCUCCUCGCGUUGAUUGCUAUGGUGGAAGAACUGUCUCGUCUUGCGGUCAACUCGGUCACACUGGGUGACUACACUCGCCCCAUGCAGAUCAGCAACUUCAUCAAGGAAUUGUUCGCUGGCUUCCAGUUGCUGAACCUGAAGAACGAUAUCUUGCGCAAGAAAAGUGAUGGGAUAAAGUACAGUGUCAAAAAGGUGGAAGACGUUGUCUACGAUUUGUCGCUGCGCAACUUGAUUCCCAAGGAUGGUGCUACUGCUUGA